AUGGACGAUUGGCGGGAGGGCUUCCAAAAGUCCUCUGAUAGCUUGGACGAGAAAGAAAUGGACGAAAAAGAGUUCAGCGAAAUCACUGGUAUCACCUCCGAAGAGCCGGUGUCACCCACUGGCAUCCAAGCAGAAGCAAACGGCGAUUCAGAUGAAUCAAAGAGUAGAGCAAGGUGGUUAUCCAUUAUUACCCAGGUAAAACGUCCAAAGAUUAAAGCAGCUGCCAGUGCGCCACCUUCAACCGUCCCAAGUCUACAUCGCAUGACGACAAUCGCCUUACUUAUAGCCGUUAUUAUUCCUGCUAUCAGCUACAACAACGGCCGUAAGAAGGUUGAAAUGAGUGGCGCGGAUGCAGGUGUGAUUAGAAAGGCUCCCGGAGUCAUCCUCGAAGACCGAGCCGAUAGUCCAACCGAUGUUUGCCUUCGAUGGGCACAACAAUCCGCCAUGCUCAAUGGCACCCUUUACAUCUACGGCGGCGAGGCAAAGUCCAAUGGUGACCAGGAUACAAAUACUUGGAACAACGACUUCCUUACGCUUGACUUGACAAAGUCGUGGUCAACGAGUUCGCCAGCACUGCAAGGAUUGUCGCAACCUUCCGGGCCCCCUGCCGUCGCGAUGGGCUAUCUUUGGAACGACUAUAACAACUUGUAUUUAUACGGCGGUGAAUUUGCGGACAACCCAAGGGUUUCGCCCUCUACAAUGUCUACCUGGAAGUACUCAAUCACGUCGUCUUCCUGGACCGAAUACCAAAACCCUCAGACAUCUGCGGGCAAUUACUCCACUCCUGGCGGCAUUGCCGUGCAACGGGCCGCCGAGGGAGCAGGUAUUUCGGUGCCGGAAUUGGGGCGCAGCUGGUAUUUUGGUGGUCAUCUCGAUGUAGCCACCACACCUGGCUGGUCGGAUCUAGUCACUCGAGUCUACCUAAAAAGUAUGCUGGAGUUCACGCACCCAGAAUACGCCAAUAAUGGUGUCGAUUCUCUCCAUGCAGCAGGAGCGGGUGAUGGCGGUGUCUAUCGUAACAUCACGGAAGGCGGAAUUCAGAACCAAUCUGGGUUUUCAGAGAGAGCCGACGGCGCUCUUGUAUUUGUGCCAGGCUGGGGCCCAGCUGGUAUCCUACUUGGACUGGGUGGUGGUAGCACCGAGAACAACGACACUGCGAGUGAAUUUUCCAGCAUGUCUACAAUCGAUGUUUACGAUAUCGAAACGAGCGAAUGGUACCACCAAGAAACAACUGGAGAUAUCCCAGGAGUCCGCGUAAAUCCGUGUGCUGUCAUCUUCUCAGCACCAGAUGCCAGCUCAUUCAACAUCUACAUGUACGGGGGCCAGAAUUUAUUGCCAGUAGCAGGGCAAACACAGUAUACCGAUAUGUACAUUCUGACUGUGCCAUCAUUCACCUGGAUCAAAGUCGAUGCCGGUUCUGAUAACGAGCCGGCCGCCCGCGCAGGCCAUUCAUGUCAGGCAAGGGAUGGCCAAAUGAUUGUAGUCGGUGGGUAUAUUGGCCAGAACAGCAACUGCGAUACCCCUGGUAUUCAUAAUUUUGACGCCUCCACCUUGCAGUGGAAGGACUCGUUCACCGCAGGUGAUCAUGCCGCAGACUUACAUCCGGACAACAGUAUACUUGCCAACAGUAACGGCUACCUCGUACCCGAUAUUGUGCAAUCUGCCAUUGGAGGUAGCUCCGAAGGCGGCGCAACAGCAACAACACCUGCUGUAGGUCAGGCUACUGGAGGACCUUUCCUGACUGGAAAGCCACCUGUAUUCACCGUCACAGCGUCAGGGCCCGCCGCAACGAUUACGAAUUCGUCGCCCACGCAAACAGCCACCAGUGGUACCUCGGAUAGCUCUGGGCCCAAUGGCGGCCUCAUCGCAGCUGGCGUCAUAGCCGGAGUUCUAGGACUGUUAGCCCUGUACCUCGGCUUUUGUGCAUGGCUCUACCGACGACAGGUCUCUACGUAUAAGAAGCAUAUGCUAUUGGCCAACCGAUAUAGCGGAGCUGAUGAGAUUGAUGGCCUUGCAGCCGGCGGGACGCGGGAGAAGCUUCGCAGACACCGUCGUGGCAGCUCUAGCGAUGAGAGUGGAGAUCAGUUCGGCUGGGUUGGGCGUAUGGACGAGCCGCGAUGGAUUUCGACAAGUGACGAGCCUUCGCCAGGGUCUGGCACUGGUGGCAGUUCUUCACAUGGUCCACGGCCAAGUGAAGAUCGCAACCCUUGGGGGUGGUCUGCUGGCUCUAUGGGUGGUGUUGGUGCUGGUGUGAACAGAAACAAGAGCAGCGCUACUAGGAGUACGGCUAGCGGAGGCUCAACGGAAGGAUUAUUAGAUGGCAGAGAACCCAGUUUCUUUAGUGUCGUUUUGGGACCAAGAAGGGCUUUGAGAGUGGUUAAUGCUAGGGAAGAGUAA